GAGAAAUCUUGCAGGCUCAACUUGAAGAACGACCAAUCGACCUUGAAACAAUGUCGUAGAUGCGGUGAGUGAUCCUCGCGGUGGAGGCGCAAUGUAUCAAUCAUGACAAGGGCGACUGUUCCAGAUCCGCGAGAGAAACGACGGGAUGCUUAGUAACGAAUCCUCGCCUCGGCUGCAGACAAUUGACCCCCGCAUUUGCUUACCCAACACCGCGCAUCUGUCUCCACGAGGCACGGCACGAUGGCAACACCGAACUUGGUAUGAGAGCAAAUCUCUUGAAACUGACAGUGGUAAGGAUAGCGCAGAGCACAACGAGCGUCCUUUGCUUACACAUGAUUCAUCCUUAAGCGACACCAGGAAAACUUGGAGUCGUCGACGCUAGAGGAAGCGGCCUUACAUUAUUCAUCUUUAGGCUCAUGAUAUCACGGACAAGGGCUGAUUUCAGCGCAAGCGAAGAGUAGCUGACAUUAUCGAUGCUGCAACGUCUCCUUCAACACGCCAGGCACGUAUCCAGCUCCAGCACCCACUCCGCUAGCAUGUCGACCGCGAAACGGCCAGACAUCACCCUGUACACAGACGCAACGCCUAACGGAAUCAAGAUCUCGAUUGCACUCGAAGAGCUUGGACUGCCUUACAAGGUCGAGCACAUUGAUAUUUCGACAAACCGGCAGAAGGAGCCAUGGUUCUUAGAAAUCAAUCCCAAUGGGCGUAUUCCCGCCAUCACCGACACAUUCACUGACGGCCAAAAAAUUCGACUGUUCGAGUCUGGCAGCAUCCUCCAGUAUCUUGUCGAACAAUACGACACAGAGCAUAAGAUUAGCUACCCGGCUGGUUCGCGCGAGAAUUACGAGACCAAUAACUGGCUGUUCUUCCAGAAUGCUGGGCUCGGACCGAUGCAGGGCCAAGCGAAUCACUUUUUCCGGUAUGCUCCGGAAAAGAUCGAAUACGGCAUCAACCGAUACAUCAACGAGACCAGAAGGCUUUAUGGGGUGUUGGAUAAGCACCUCCAGGGUUCAAAGUCGGGAUUCAUCGUGGGUGACCACAUCUCCAUAGCGGACAUCACGACCGUCGGAUGGGUCAUCUGGGCUGGCUGGGCCGGUGUGGACAUUGAUGAAUUCCCAGCCUUGAAAAAGUGGGAGGAGAUGAUGUAUGCUCGACCUGGUGUUAAGAAGGGUUGUGACGUUCCUAAGCCUCUCAAAAUCAAAGAGUUGCUACAGGACAAGGAUCGCUUGGAUGAUUAUGCCAAACGUGCCAGCAAAUGGAUCGUGCAGGGCAUGGAAGAAGACAAGAGGAAGUGAAGAGGUUCAACCUUGUGGCCGUAAUAGGUGUGGCGAGCACAUUGGAUCCAACCGAAGUAGAUGGUACCUUCACUUACACGGAUGAUGUCGCUCUGGGCUAAGUGUCCCUGGGCGAUGACUUCUGAUAGUGGUCGAUAGUCAUGGAUAUAAGCCUGUUGAAUUUAAGCCGGCAAGAACGUACAGUCUCCGCCGUUAGCCUUAAGCCUUAUCGUGUCGCAAUUAGAUAUAAGAAGGUCCUGCAAAAUCUUGAUUUUAUGCUCUUUUGACAUGCAUGACAGGGAGACAAGAACCGCGGAAUGA